AUGCCGGGGCUAGAGGCUGCAUGCUGCAUAUGCUACAUGCUGGCUGUACGCUGGACGCUGUAUGACCGGCGCAAUUCCGGCGUACAGACAUUGAAGCGUUCCUUCUGGGUCCUCUCUCUUGGGUCUGGACGUCAUCUGUGUUCCGUCCAGGAUCUGUUGAUUUUUGUCCCUUGGGAUCCCGUAAAUAGCUCCCGGGAUCAAUCGAUAGACACUAGUUAUAUAGAGAAAGGAUGGACAUCGCCUCAGAGGAAAAAAGAACCCGAAUUAAUCGUAUUAUAUGUUUUUUUUUUCUCAGCGAUGCCCAGCAAAAAAGAAAUGGGUGGUAUUGUACAUCAACGGCCAGGGCCCAUGAAUAGAAAAUAA